AGGCGCGUCAUUCCGGCGCCGGCUUUGGCGGAGGGGCGGGGCUUGCGCCGGCGUCUCUUCUUCCAACUGCAGUUUGUGGCAGCGCCAUUUUGAAUGUGCGGCUGCCGCGGGUGUGAGUCGGCGGAAGACGAGUUGCCGACUCGUCUCCAUAGCGGUCUCUUGAUUGUCGAUAUUUUGUUGCCAUAGGUUUAUCUAGAGACGUAUACAUAUAUACAGACACGCUAUAUAGAAAUCUAGGCCUGUAUCCGGCGUCCGAGGCGAACUCCCUAAGAUGAUGUUAAGAGGAAACCUGAAGCAAGUGCGCAUUGAGAAAAACCCGGCCCGCCUUCGCGCCCUGGAGUCCGCGGCGGGCGAGAGCGAGCCGGCGGCCGCGGCAGCCAUGGCGCUCGCGCUUGCGGGGGAGCCGGCACCGCCCGCGGCCGCGCCGCCGGAGGACCACCCGGACGAGGAGCUGGGGUUCACUAUCGACAUCAAGAGUUUCCUCAAGCCGGGCGAGAAGACGUACACGCAGCGCUGCCGCCUCUUCGUGGGGAACCUGCCCACCGACAUCACGGAGGAGGACUUCAAGAGGCUCUUCGAACGCUAUGGCGAGCCCAGCGAAGUCUUCAUCAACCGGGACCGUGGCUUCGGCUUCAUCCGCCUGGAAUCCAGAACACUGGCUGAAAUUGCAAAAGCAGAGCUGGAUGGCACUAUUUUGAAGAGCAGACCUCUACGAAUUCGCUUUGCUACGCAUGGAGCUGCCUUAACUGUCAAGAACCUUUCUCCAGUUGUUUCCAAUGAGCUGCUAGAGCAAGCAUUUUCUCAGUUUGGUCCUGUAGAGAAAGCUGUUGUGGUUGUGGAUGAUCGCGGUAGAGCCACGGGAAAAGGUUUUGUAGAAUUUGCAGCAAAACCUCCUGCACGAAAGGCUCUGGAAAGAUGUGGUGAUGGGGCAUUCUUGCUAACAACGACCCCUCGUCCAGUCAUUGUGGAACCCAUGGAGCAGUUUGAUGAUGAAGAUGGCUUGCCAGAGAAGCUGAUGCAGAAAACUCAACAAUAUCAUAAGGAAAGAGAACAACCGCCACGUUUUGCUCAGCCUGGGACAUUUGAAUUUGAGUAUGCAUCUCGAUGGAAGGCUCUUGAUGAAAUGGAAAAGCAGCAGCGUGAGCAGGUUGAUAGAAACAUCAGAGAAGCCAAAGAGAAACUGGAGGCAGAAAUGGAAGCAGCUAGGCAUGAACACCAAUUAAUGCUAAUGAGGCAAGAUCUAAUGAGGCGUCAAGAAGAACUCAGACGCUUGGAAGAACUCAGAAACCAAGAGUUGCAAAAACGGAAGCAAAUACAACUAAGACAUGAGGAGGAGCAUCGGCGGCGUGAGGAAGAAAUGAUCCGACACAGAGAACAGGAGGAACUGAGGCGACAGCAAGAGGGCUUUAAGCCAAACUACAUGGAAAAUAGAGAACAGGAAAUGAGAAUGGGUGAUAUGGGUCCCCGUGGAGCAAUAAACAUGGGAGAUGCGUUUAGCCCAGCACCUGCUGGUAACCAAGGUCCUCCUCCAAUGAUGGGUAUGAAUAUGAACAACAGAGCAACUAUACCUGGCCCACCAAUGGGUCCUGGUCCUGCCAUGGGACCAGAAGGAGCCGCAAAUAUGGGAACUCCAAUGAUGCCAGAUAAUGGAUCAGUGCUUAUUCUCCACAAAAUGCAUCAUUCUAAAACAAGACUUGGCUGGGCGGGCGCAGUGACAUGCUGUAAUCCGAGCACUUUGGGAGGUCAAGGGACAAGGUUUCACCAUGUUGGCCAGGCUGGUCUUGAACUUCUAACCUCAAGUGAUUCGCCCACCUCGGCCUCCGAAAGUGCUGGGAUUACAGGCAAUGAUCCACCACACCUGGCCUUUGUAAAUCUCUUGGUGAUAAAAGAAAACGUGGCUGAAGUUACAUGAAGUGCAGCUAGCAGUGUAAUUCAGGAGUUAAGACCAGAAGUACUGGAAUCCUACCUCCUUUCAGGUCAGUCCGUAUCUGCUCAUUGUUUCCUAACAGAGCCUCGAGUAUUCAUUUCUUCCUGUUUUUUUCUAGUCAGUUCUUCCUGAUUCUGUGGACUGUAAUGAACAUAAGUCAUGGUCCCAGUGUUUUGAGUCAGUAGAAUAUUUAUGAACAGUUAAUAGCUGAAGCUGAAUCCUCUCCAGCGUGGCCUGUCUUGGUAGGAAACCCUGGCAUCACAGCUGGUUUCUCAGCAAGUCGAGAGGGGACUUGAAGCUUUGCCUUGCCCUCCUCUUUCCUUACUGGUGUAAUGCGUAUAUUGAUUUGUCUUCAGGUAAAACUGGACUAAGAGGGGAAAUGACAUAUCACAGAUGUCUUGGAGUGAGGAGAGAGAAAAAAAAGGUCUUUGUAAAAAAAUUUCCUAUUGAUUUUUAAUGACCUCCAAAUUUAGAAUUUUAAACUUGUGUUCCUUUGGAAAGUAUGUAAUCUUAAAAAUGGCAUCAGAAAAUCAGAUGCAUUCCUCCUCCUCUGCUUUCUACUUUUUCGGAGAAGGGUCACAAUUUUUCUGUUCUUUUGUUACGUCACACAUAAAAUAUUAUUGAAACAUUAAUGCAGUCUUUAUAACAAAAUUCCCAUGGGUACAUUGUCAUUCUAAUAGAUCCAGAAAGUAUUAAGUGUAUUUCUUUUCUAGCUUUUGUCUGGUGAUACUAAACAUUAUUCUGUCUUAUUCUUGCUGCUGCUACAAGUGGUUCUGGGGACAGGAGUGACUGUUGCCUGAGAGCUUCUUGGAAAUGAAGGAUCUCCCACACAGGACACAGACUCCUGCAAGUCGAAAAGUCCGUUUUAACUGUGAAGAUUAGGUCAUGUGUACUAAUGAAGAUGUUUCUUUUCUAGGAUUUGCGCGCACUUGGUUUGAGAUGAUGUAUUCCAUAGUUUUGAGAAAUUUUACCUUUUCAAAGUAUCUGACACCUCAUGCAGCACAAAAAUGUGACAGCUGUUUGCAUACUAUACCCAGCUCUAGAAAGUUAAUCUCAGGCUUUGGUUCUCAAGCCUGGGCCCUAGACCAGCAGCAUCGUCAUCUGGGAGCCUCAGAAUGUACAUUCUGAAUCACACCCUCAGCCUAUGCAACAGAAAUUUUGAGGAUGGAAACUAGAGAAUAAUUUUAUAUCGUCUAUGGAGAUUUUAUUGAAAUUAAACUUUCAAGUUGCUGUAUAUGUAGGUCUCUGAAAAUCCAAAGAACCAAUCUCAUAUAUGGGUAAGGAAAUACAUGGGAAAGGAAAAAUGUGUACAUAAGCUAUCUGUGGCAUAGAUCAAGCCUGUGGCAUUCUGUGGCCUUGAGAGAGAAGGGGAGAGAGAUUUUAAGCUUAUCAAGUAGAUUUGUCAUUGGAACUUUAGGAUUUUUAAAUUUUGGUUAAAAAAUGUGAAUACUGUUACUUCAAUUAAAGAACUCCUUUUAUAGAUUUUACUUUCUAACAAAGUGAGUGAAAAGAAACCGGUUCACUCCAGAAACAUGUAAAGAAAGUAAAAUUAUUAAAAUGCCAAAUAUUUAAUUCUUGUGACAGUGAAUCUACUUUUAUUAUAAAGAGUUAAGAAAUUGCCAUUUCCAUGACAGUUUCCUCCUUCAACAAUCUUAAUAUUGAACCUUGAAUUUAUUUAGGUCUGCCGGUCAGUGAUUCUAGUCUAGCAAAUUACUUUAGGACUGAAAGCUCUUGUUUCUUUAGAAAAAUAUACUAUGGAGAUUAGAUCCUGUUUACUAUUGAAGACUCUGUCUCUUUUCCAGGUCAAAACAUUUUGUGGGAAAUAUCCUGUUCGUGACCUGGAAGAAACAAGACAGAAAACAAAUCUUACCUCACUUACGAAUUUCUUACUCCAUACAAGCAGUUCAUGGAUGUCUGGGCAAUCAUAGCACUUUCCAUUUAAAAACAUGCUACAGGGGCACAUUUUCUGUGGUUAAAAAUGAUCUCUGGAAUAAUUGUAAACUGCAGUUUUCCUUUUUAUCGAGGGUUUUGGCUUUUUAUUUGUAAAUUAAAUCAAGAUGUUACCAAC